AUGGAGUCCACCGAAGACGACCCAGUCAUUGCUUCCUACGAUGUCUUCCUGACCGACUCCGACGUUUCACGCUAUGUCUUCCAAUACAUAGAUCGACCCCAAGAGCUACCCUACAAUGCAUCUCAUGGACAGAAACCAUCGGUUCUUCGGUUGAAGCCUGAAACCGGGGUUGUUGAAAUGGAGGUGCCAAUCAACACUCAUGCUGGAUACGACACAAGCGCGGGUUUACGGUUCGGUGAAGCGAUGAAAAAGAGUCGCUCUGCCCGUGAGAAUGCAUUCGGGAUGGCAGGUGGCUUCAGUGCUGGAUCAUUGGCCAACAACCCCAACGGCAGCCGAGUUAAGGGUGAGGCUGCAGACGUAGAGAUUUUCGACAAUAAGAAGAUGGUGGAUCCAUCGUCGCUCAUACGCACACAGGCUCUUUCAGGGCGCAUAAAACCACCUGAGGAGGGCGAUCCAGUUCAUAUGCUCGCAACAAUUAAAGGCCAAAAUAUCCAUCUAUCCCCAGUCACGGCUGUUGUUCAAUUGCAGCCUUACAACCACCACAUAGAUGCUAUGGAUGAACUCCCUAAAGCACGAGGGGGCAAGGCGAAGAAGGAGGAGGACGUUCCUGAACCUGAAGCUCGUGCUGUCGAUGUCAAGGUCAAGGGUGCAGAUGAUCAAAAGAAAUGGAGGACAUUUGACUGGGUAGAUGCGGAGACCGAGGAAUCAUGGUACACAUAUGAGAACCAGAUGAUCAAUCAGAAGCCUGAAGAGUUGCCGCAAUUGGAAUCCGCAAUCAACAGCGAGGCAUAUCUGGACGGCAUGAGCGCACCUCGGAUUGACCCUGCGCGUCCAGACUUAACUGGCUGGGCCAUGAAGCAAAAUCGCCAAAAGCAGCGAGAUGGACCAGCAGAAAGCGACGAUGAACUAUGA